AGGAGGAGGAAGAGAGUAGGUUCCUCCUCCCACACAAAAGCACACAGUUUUACUAUAUACGCGACGCAACGAUGGGUACCCAUCGAUGACAGAAUGUUGAUAGCUGUAAAUCCUGUAAUGAUUGCCCACCGUUUUACAAAUUACAGUCUCAGAUUCUCAAGGCCCUUUGUUUGCAGGGUUUUGAUGGUUUGGAAAUGAAGGUGCAGAAGAAUUGUUCGAUCUUUCACAAACAGCAUAAAAUCCCAUGUGCACAGUGUGGGGGAUUCUUGUCAUCCUCCACAAAAUCGUCUGGUUUUCUGUCGGUUGAUUGUUUUCACACUCCAUUGAUCUCCAAAGUUUUACCAUUUUUGUUGUGAUAGAUUUUGCAGAGAAGUGAGGGGAAAGUGCUCUGUAUCUCCAACGGUUGGCUUCUUCUUCGGCUACAUUUGUCCCUGGCGAGAGCGGCCGUGGAUCGUGAGUGAUUCUGCGGGGAUUCCUUCACAAGCUGGCAGCGUGGGAAAGGUUCUCCCAUACUUAUUUUGUUUCAAUCUGAAAUCUGCACGCCAAGUUCUGAGUCCUUGCCGUGUUUCCACUGUGAAAUGAAAUGGCGAGGAACAAUGGAAAGCACGCAUCGAAGAAACUGGUCUUUCUCUUGUCAUGCGCAGGGCUUCUUGGAGUUGCUCUAAUCGCAGAUUUCCUCUGGGCUUCAUCUUCUUCUCUCUCUACUGCUUAUUCGUCCCUUGCCUCCAAUUGGGUACUCGAGAAAUCUGCGACUGUAGUCGUCCCCAAGGUAAAACAAACGAAAUCUGUUAAGAGCAAGAAUGUUACUCAUGAUCCAAGAAUCUUGUCGGGAACUUUUGCGGAUUUACCUGGACCUGAGCUAAAAUGGGAGAAGAUGGCACCUGCACCUGUACCUCGUUUAGAUGGGGCAGCAAUUCAGAUUAAAAACCUUCUUUUUGUGUUUGCCGGAUACGGUACCAUUGACUAUGUGCAUUCACAUGUUGAUAUCUACAACUUUACGGACAAUACAUGGGGUGGAAGGUUUGAUAUGCCAAAAGAAAUGGCACAUUCACAUUUAGGAAUGGUGACGGAUGGGAGAUACAUUUAUAUUGUGUCAGGGCAAUAUGGUCCGCAAUGCAGAGGGCCUACAUCUCGUACUUUUGUGCUGGACACAGUAACGAAACAAUGGCGGGACAUGCCCCCAUUACCUGUACCUAGGUAUGCCCCAGCAACUCAGCUUUGGAGGGGCAGACUUCACGUAAUGGGUGGCAGCAAGGAGGAUCGUCAUGAACCUGCAGUAGACCAUUGGAGCAUUGCAGUUAAAGAUGGCAAAGUGUUAGAGAAAGAAUGGCGGAGUGAAAUACCCAUUCCUCGUGGGGGACCUCACAGGGCUUGUAUUGUGGUUGAUGAUAAGCUGAUGGUAAUUGGUGGUCAAGAGGGUGAUUUUAUGGCCAAACCUGGAUCACCUAUUUUCAAAUGCUCUCGAAGGAAUGAGGUUGUAUAUACUGAUGUUUAUGUGCUGGAUGAUGAGAUGAAGUGGAAAACAUUGCCUCCAAUGCCAAAGCCUAACUCCCAUAUAGAGUUUGCAUGGAUUCUUGUGAACAAUUCUAUUUUGAUUGUUGGAGGCACAACAGAAAAGAACCCUGUGACGAAAAGAAUUAUCCUUGUUGGAGAAGUUUUCCGUUUCAAUUUAGAUACAUUGAAAUGGUCAAUUUAUGGGAAGAUGCCUUAUCGCGUAAAAACCACUCUGGUGGGUCUCUGGGAUGGUUGGUUAUACUUCACAUCUGGACAGAGAGACAGAGGACCAGAUGAUCCACAGCCAAGGAAAGUUGUCAAAGAUAUGUUUAGAACCAAGUUGCACUUGUGAUUUUUUUCUUAGUCAGCAAUUCUAAGUAUAACCAGAGGUUUGGUUUAUUCCUUUUUUCAUUUUUUGGGUCCUAGUCAAGUGAGUACUUGACCGAUUGUAGCAUAUGUGGCUUAUAGAGGAAUCUCACCUUCCCUGUUUUUUCAUAGUCAAUUCACUGCCUGCAGCAUAGCGGUUAUAUGGAA